UUCUUAAAUUUCAUCAUCCUGUUUUAAGUGUUGUUUACCUGAUACUCACGCAGUCAUGAGCACAUCAGGACUGAUCCAAUGUGAUUGUAGAAUGUCUGCAUUUUAUGUAGUUUACAAGUGUUUUCGUGCUACCUGUCAAAAUCACUUUAAACCAUUUAAAUAAUUUUAAAUCACUUUAAACCACGUUGUCUUGAAAGGUGUAAACACUGUUUUAUUGACUUUUAAUACAAUUAGUAUUUCUAUAGAUUUUAAAAUUAGAAAUGUUUAUAGUAUUAUACAGCAAGUUUUUUAGAGUAUAUACUAACCGUUAACGUUCAUGUUACUAACCUGUCUGUUUUGCCUUUUUGUUAUUUUUGUUUUUGUAUGUAAGCUGCUGAAUAUUUUGAAUUUCCCUCGGGAUUAAUAAAGCGUCUGUCCGUCGAGUCGUCGGAUCCUCUUGAUCCUCAUCAGGGUCAUGGGGGGCUGGAGUCUAUCCCAGCUGACUGCGGGUGAAGGCAGGGGACACCUGGACAGGGGGAGGUGGUGCACUGGCUGGCCUGUUGGCUGGAUGCAGCCUGCAGGAAGGGCUCCACUCCCACAGUGGGUAAAGGACUGAUGGAGGGAGGAUCCUUCACUCGUCCAAACUCAGUCUGAUCCAGUUCUUCUCUAAGAUGAGGAAGUGGGCCGACAUGUCCAACCUCUCGCGGGACUUCAGGCUACAAAUGGAUGGCUGGAGCGAAACUUUGAGGUCUCCACCGUGAUCUUCCGCAAGUUUGAUGUCUUGAUUUAGUAAUGAGUCGUGGCCCCUCCAGUCAGGAAGCAGCAGCGGAGAGCUCUCUGGAUCAGGAGAGGCCCAGGCCGAGGCCCUGUGGUGGGGACACCACCUGCAGGUGGCGCUGGUCAACACGGUGGCCUUCAGGGGCAUCUGGCAGAAGCAGUUUCUGUUCACCAACUCCCAGAACCUGCCCUUCAUCCUGUCUGAUGGGACUCCCAUCAAGGUGCCCAUGAAGUACCAGGCUGCAGAGGUCAGCUUUGGUCAGCUCAGGACGGGAUCGGAUCAGCGCUACACGGUUCUGGAGCUGCCGUUCCUGGGCCGCUCCCUGAGCCUGCAGGUGCUUCUACCCAGCGAGAGGAAGACGCUACUGUCCUCCCUGGAGGCUCAGCUCACACAGCGCCACCUAGCGUCCUGGGACACCGGCCUGCGCAGAACCAGGAUGGACAUCUUCCUCCCAAGAUUCAGAAUGCAGAACAAGUUCAACCUGAGGUCGGUGCUCCCCGCUAUGGGCAUCAGCGACGCCUUCAACCCCACAGCAGCCGACUUCACCGGGAUCUCAGUGGAGGAGGGUCUCUAUGUGUCUGAUGCCUUCCAUGAAGUCAGGAUAGAAGUCACGGAGGACGGGACCAAAGCAGCUGCUGCUACUGGGAUGGUCCUCCUCAAAAGAUCCCGAGCUCCAGUUUUCAAAGCAGAUCGGCCGUUCUUAUUUCUACUGCAACAGGUUCACACAGGUAUUUACUUCACAUCAUACAGAUGUUUUCAAUGUUUUAGUCUAGAAAAGCACCCUAGUCAGGGUAUGCUGUUUGACAUUUUAGUUUUAGUAUGAAAAUAAAUAGAUCUUUGAAUGAGUUGCACUGAUCAGACACCACAGAAAUACUCAGUGGAGCAGACAGGUUUGAGCUGAGCAUCAACAGGUGACCUAUCCUUGAGCUCCUGGAGGGUUUUUGUGAACAGAAGCUUUGGAACACGUGUGUGAAUUACUCCUGUUGGACCUUCUCUCUCAGAAGUUUAAAAAUGAAAUUAAUAAAUAAUCUGUUUCUGUUCUGUGAUUCAUGUUCAGUGGUGAAAUUAAAAAAAAAACAUCCAGGAAACUUUUCUACAUUGAUGCAACGUUUCCCAGAGCUUCAUCUGAUGACCUGAAACAGAACUGACCUGCUGAUGGAGGACCUGUUGAAGAACCCUAACUCUGUAACUGAUGAAGAUAAAGAAGAAGGUUUUCCUGUCAGGUGUAACUGAUGAUGAUGAAGGUUUUCCUGUCAGGUAUAAUUGAUGAAGAUGAAGGUUUUCCUGUCAGGUGUAAAUGAUGAAGGUGACGAUGGGGGACGACUGGGGGACCCUGACGGGGUGAGCUGGUGUCUUCAUUUGCACAACUGACUUCCCCUCUUGGACGUCCCUUAGUUCUGCCCCUAGUUCUGCUGCUACAGGCCUAGGCUGCUGGAGGACCUCUCUGGAUGCACUGAGCCCUUCUCUAUCUAGCAUUAUAUACAAUGGUAUACCAUAAAUAUAUGUUCCAUUAUUGCAUUACACUCACUCUGUUUCUCCCUGUGUCCUUUCUCCGAGUGUCCCUGAUCCCAGAGCUGGAUGCUUCAGAUCUGUGGUGGUUCUCCCACCAACUGGCCUAAUCUCCAUCUGUGGGAUGCUGCUGCUGCUGACCUUCCUCCAGCCCACUGCUUCCAGCUGCCCAUUUCCAUCAAUCUACUCUGCAUCACCCUCACUAUACUUGAUUUGCUGGUCUACAUAUUUUUGAAUUUACCACCAGCUAUAUAUGUAGUAUAUUUAAUGCCAGAGCCAUACACCAUAGCAGUAAACUAUAAUCAGUUUCCAGCCCAGAGGGAUAUAUGCACAGAUUUUUUUAAAUACCAUGUAGAAGACUAUAUACAGGAAGAUGAGGUAUCAGUUCUUGCACAUAGAUAUACAACAGUCCUUUAUUACUCCCCAGGUCAGGGGAAAUUUCCAGUGUUAGAGCAGCAAAAAUCUUUCAGAGCAGCACUAACUACAGUUUACUACAGUAAAGAUAAUAAUUAUAAUAACAAUAAUAUAUACAAGAAUGAAAAAUGAAUAAAUACCGUAUUACUACACUAUAAGUGACAUCAGCAUAAAGUGGCUUGUGGAAUACAUGUAAUUGUAAAAGUGCAGAAAAUGAUUUUCUCAAAACAGGUGAGUCCUGUGAAUAUGACCAAAAUAUGAGAUAAAACUACCAGAAACAUGUACAAAACGACCAAAAUAUGAUUGGUUGAUAAUGUAUCAGUGUUGUUAUUGAUUAUUGAUCGGUUGCAGGGACAGAGAUUUGUGUCUUGAGUCUCUGCUGUCAUCUUAUCCCUCUCAUGUAAGAUCAUGUCACAGUAGGGGGCGCUACUGACCUCUUGUGGACACAGGCGGUAACGACACGACAUUAUUACUAACUGUAUAGCUGGCGACAUUACAGGUGAGCAGCACUUCCUGUUCAUCUUCAACGUAAAAGCAUCUUUCUUUCGUGUACAUUUUAUGUCAAACGUAUUACUAAGCGAUUUAGGUCGAUUCAGAAGGAUCUCUGGUGUAAACCAAGUCGUAUUUAACGACAGCUAGCUUCUCCACUUGCUCCGAUUACUUUUGUUGUAGUCUGAGUCACGUCCAAACAGGAAAUGAAUCCACAAUGUAGCUAAUGACAAUCUAUAGCUGCGUCUGUGAUGGCAGCGUUAGCGAGCUAGCAGCUAAUCAGAAGCUAGUGACAAGCUAACUCCAGCGCUACCAGCAGCGUCUCUUUAAAAGGUGCUGAUCACGAUAUCAGGCUGAAACAUUAGACCCGGGACAGGAAACGGAGCUAGAGCUCUGUGUCUUGGAGAGAAUUGAUUUUAGAAUUACACGUGUUAAGGUAUUAGUCCAUGUCAUAACAAACCCUCGUUAGCACUUCCGCUAGCUCGGCUAACACUUCCGGUCACGAAUGUAUUUGUACAUUAGCUAUAACGUGUUUAUUUUUGAACGUAUAGUGACAACAAACACAAUUUGAGGGAGUCGACAAGCUAGUGGUCCUUAAAUAGAUUUUGGUUCAUACUGCAGAUUCUGCAGAGUCUCACAAAACCACGUUUUAGCAUAAGCGCAUUACGAUAGUUUUACGUUGAAACAGGAAGUGCUGCUCCUCUGUAAUGUCGCUAGCUUUGCCUCAUAUAAUAAUAAUAAUAAUAAUAAUAAUAAUAGUAAUAAUAAUAAUAAUAAUAGUGUCGUUACCGCCUGUGUCCGCCAGAGGGCAGUAAUGUGUAGAGUAAAGAUAAUUUCACAAGACUUGAAGCCUAAAUAUGCUUAAUUUUCUCUGAUGGAAAGAAAACUAAUGAAUUAUUUCUGUUUUUAACGUUUCUGGCUGAUAAUUGAGUCCUUCUGGUGAUAAUUCUGGUCGUUAUAAGUGUGUAUGUGUGUGAAAUGAGGGCUUUUUAUCACUUCUUUAAAAUUAUUUCUAUUUUAUAUUUCCCACUUUUCUGUGUUUCUUUUAUAAAUGGACAAUAUCCGACCUAAACGUGAGAUUUAUGUUUAAAAUACUAUGAUUUUAGUUUCUGAGCUCAGAUGUGAAAAUGUGUUUUGUUUUUUACUUAUUUAAAAAAAAUUCUACUGUAUGUUUUCCUUUUUUUGAUAUUUUUCAAAUAUAUCAGUAAAAAUGUAUAAAUUUAUAAAGAAUAAUUGGAGAUUGGAGGUUUUUGCAUGGAUGAUUUAUAUGAAAUGUUCUUAUCAGUGUUUGGAGUAUUUGUGAAAUGUUUUAGUAAAAUAUUGGAUUGAAACAGAUUUUUAUUUUCUAUUUUCAUUUUGAUUCUAAACAGCACAGAAUCUGAAAGAAAGUGAAAUGUAAGAGUUUUUUUGUGUGUGUUUUUGUCUUUGUUAGGCCAUAAAACAAGUUUACUCGU